CCAAUGGGCCUCUCCCUGCACAAAGAUGGCGGCGCGCCCUUCUUCCCUCCUGGCUAUGGGCGGCGGGACGGGCUGAUGGCCACCAUGCCGGCAGGGUGAGGUCAGUUCCGGGGCGGAGCGGCCCCAGGGGCGGCUUGGCGAACAAAAGGAGCCGGAGUCGGCGAAAGGGAAGGCGGGGGCCGAGGCGGCCAGGGAAGCUGUUUCCAUGGCGUGUGGGGAAUGCAACGCUUCAGCACGCGCUCAGGAUCCAACACGCAGGAACAUCAUCCACUUCCAGCACAGAGAACUGAAGUACAGAUAGCAGAACCCAGCUGCAGGGUGAAUCAUGAUUCCAGUCACUGAACUGCGCUACUUUGCUGACACCCAGCCAGCGUACCGCAUCCUGAAGCCCUGGUGGGAUGUCUUCACAGACUAUAUCUCCAUCGUCAUGCUGAUGAUUGCAGUGUUUGGGGGGACACUCCAGGUCACCCAGGACAAAAUGAUUUGUUUGCCCUGUAAAUGGGUUACCAAAGACUCUUGCAAUGACUCAGUCAGAGGCUGGACGGCUUCAAGCCCGGAGCGUACCUACUAUAACUCUAGUCUUGUUCCUUCUGCUGACAUGGGGCCCACUGGGAUCCGAUACGAUUUGGACCGGCACCAGUAUAACUACGUGGACGCGGUGUGCUACGAGAACCGCCUUCACUGGUUUGCCAAGUAUUUUCCUUAUCUGGUGCUGCUACACACUCUCAUCUUCCUGGCUUGUAGCAACUUCUGGUUCAAAUUCCCAAGGACAAGCUCCAAGCUGGAGCAUUUUGUGUCUAUUUUGCUUAAGUGUUUUGACUCUCCGUGGACCACUAGGGCAUUAUCUGAGACGGUGGUGGAAGAGAGUGAUACCAAGCCAGCAUUUGGGAAAAUGAAUGGCUCCAUGGACAAGAAAUCCUCCACGGUCAGUGAGGAUGUGGAAGCCACUGUUCCCAUGCUGCAGAGAACAAAGUCUCGAAUUGAGCAAGGAAUUGUGGACAGGUCUGAGACUGGUGUCCUGGAUAAAAAGGAAGGUGAACAAGCCAAGGCACUUUUUGAGAAAGUGAAAAAGUUCCGCACACAUGUGGAAGAGGGAGACAUUGUUUAUCGCCUGUACAUGAGACAGACCAUCAUCAAAGUGAUCAAGUUCAUCCUGAUAAUCUGCUACACUGUUUAUUAUGUCAACAACAUAACGUUUGAUGUUGACUGUAAAGUGGACAUUGAGAGCUUGACUGGCUACAGGAUGUACCGCUGUGCUCAUCCUUUGGCCACUCUCUUCAAAAUCUUGGCCUCUUUCUACAUCAGUCUGGUGAUAUUCUAUGGUGUCAUCUGCAUGUACACACUCUGGUGGAUGCUGAGGCGGUCACUCAAGAAAUACUCCUUUGAGUCCAUCCGGGAGGAGAGCAGUUACAGUGACAUUCCUGAUGUGAAAAAUGACUUUGCUUUCAUGCUCCACCUGAUUGAUCAGUAUGACCCCCUGUACUCCAAGCGCUUCGCUGUCUUUCUGUCAGAGGUGAGUGAGAACAAACUGAGGCAGCUGAACCUCAACAACGAGUGGACUUUGGAGAAGCUGCGCCAGAGGAUCACCAAAAACUCCCAGGAUAAGCUGGAGCUGCAUCUCUUCAUGUUGAGUGGCAUUCCUGACACGGUCUUUGACCUCAUAGAGCUGGAGGUGUUGAAGCUGGAGCUUAUCCCCGAUGUGACUAUUCCCCCCAGCAUUGCUCAGCUCACCAGCCUUAAGGAACUGUGGCUCUACCACACAGCUGCCAAAAUUGAGGCUCCAGCCCUUGCCUUCUUGAGAGAGAACUUGAAAUCUCUCCACAUCAAGUUCACAGACAUCAAGGAGAUUCCUCUUUGGAUUUACAGCUUGAAGACACUAGAGGAGCUCCAUCUGACAGGGAACUUGAGCGCUGAAAACAACCGGUACAUUGUGAUAGAUGGACUGAGGGAGCUGAAGAGGCUGAAGGUAUUAAGGUUGAAGAGUAACCUCACCAAACUGCCACAGGUGGUGACAGAUGUUGGUGUGCAUCUUCAGAAGCUUUCCAUCAACAAUGAGGGCACCAAACUCAUUGUUCUCAACAGCCUUAAGAAAAUGGUCAACUUGACAGAGCUCGAGCUGAUCCGCUGUGACUUGGAACGCAUCCCCCACUCUAUCUUUAGCCUCCACAAUCUGCAGGAGAUAGACCUGAAGGACAAUAACCUAAAGACCAUUGAGGAAAUCAUCAGCUUCCAGCACUUACAUCGUCUCACUUGCCUUAAAUUGUGGUACAACCACAUUGCCUAUAUCCCCAUGCAAAUUGGCAACCUCACCAAUUUAGAGCGCCUCUACCUGAACCGUAACAAGAUUGAUAAGAUCCCCACCCAGCUCUUCUAUUGCAGAAAGCUUCGUUACUUGGAUCUCAGCCACAACAACCUGACUUUCAUACCACCAGAUGUUGGGCUUCUUCAAAACCUACAGAACCUAGCAGUGACAGCCAACAGGAUUGAAAGCCUCCCACCAGAGUUGUUCCAGUGCAGGAAGCUGAGAACCUUGCACUUGGGAAACAACGUGUUGCAGUCACUUCCAUCCCGGGUUGGAGAGCUGACAAACCUGUCCCAGAUAGAGCUGCGAGGGAACCGCUUGGAGUGCCUGCCCGUGGAGCUGGGGGAGUGCCCUCUGCUCAAACGCAGUGGGCUGGUGGUGGAAGAGGACCUGUUCAACACACUGCCCCUGGAAAUCAAAGAGAGGCUGUGGAGAGCAGACAAAGAGCAAGCUUGAAAACAGGAAAAGCCUCUGACCAACUAGAAAGACACAAAAGGCUGUUCCAGUCCCUUUCCCUCCCCUCUCUUCCCUCUGAUCACUACCAGACUAGCCAAGGAGUCCCUGAACAAUCAUGACUCUGAAUGAGGUGGCUUCUUGCCUCAGAUGCAGGAUGGGGGAAGCUUGGAAACAGGAUGAGGAUGAAGACAGAGUAGUUGACCUCUGAGCAAGGGCCAGCAAGAGUAAGAGGUGUUGCUGUUCUUCUGGACUGGAGCUGGGGUGUGGUGGAUGGUGCUGGUGAGAAGGAAUGACCUUUGGAGGAGAAAGUGAAAUGUAGGCAUUACUCCAAAUGGGGCUUGUGUGUGUGUCAGGGACUGAGUGUUCAGUGUCCUGCAAGCAAAGAUCAAGAGGCUGGGAAACCUCUUGAGCCUCCAUCUCUUUCUGUGACACCUGGUACUGUUCCACUCUGACCUGGCAGUUCAGUCAGUGAGGCCCCACAGUGGGGUGGAAUGGGACACAGCUGAUUUUAUCUAGAUGCUGGCAUUAGUAUUUGGGGGAUAGACUUAUCCCAGACAUCAGCCUAAGUGCAAGAUUUUUUUUUUCUACUCAUCUUUCCCCUUUGCACUGCACACCUUUUCUGCUGCUGCUGCUGGAGAAGAAGCCAAAGUCCCCAAACUGUAUCUGCUGGUUUAAGAUUACACUGUUUUAACAGUUUCAAGCCACUUGUGCUGAUAAGUAGAUCACAUAGCAUCCUCCUCCAGCUGAUAUGCUGGAGGCACUAGUGACAAUUCCAGAGAUGAAGUUCAUUCUGAAAUGGGUGCUUAUAGUGCAAGUGGGAGAAGAUCUGGAUAAAAAGCAGUUGAGCUAAUUCGCUUUCCCAGAAGCACUGAGUUGCUUCAGUAUCUGACUUUAAGAUUUUAAGCUACCUUUAAAGUCCUGGUAUUUUGUCACAUAUCAAAUACAAACAUAAAACAAGACAGUGUGUUGAGAUUGUUCCUGAGCUUGGUGAAGUUAGUAAAGAGGAACAUCCAGGUUUCCUCUGCACCUCUUGCCCCUCAGUAUUCAGUUGUUAGAUGCUUUGCCAGUGUUUUUCAUGAAUGCAGUUUACAGAGCUGCUCAAAUGUUCUUUUCUAUUGUCUUCCUCACUUCAACAGCUGUCAGUUCCUGUUGCACCUUUUGAUCUAAAUAAGAGGCUAAUGCUGGCUCAACUUGGUGCUGGAAAAGAAACCUGUCCUUCUCUUUCUUGUCCUUUUCAUUCCCUUGGUGUUAAGGAGCAGCAUGGACUGAGCUCCCCAUGAUCCCUGGAACAGAGCAGUCUUUAUUGAAACAAGUCUGACGUGUUGGGUGUUGUUUGGCACACAAAAAAAACCCCAACCUUCUGCACUGGUAGGGGUAGAGAACCUGUAGUAGUUACAGAUAAUCAUGUCCUUGAGGUGAGGUAGUUUAGGUGUGCCUACAACCCACCCAAAGUCUGCUCUACUCCAUCAGAAGGCAGAGGAGGCUCAGGGACCUGCAGGUCCUGGCUGUGAUCCUGUGUCCAACAGGUUGGCUCCAAGGAGGAAUGCUGCAAGCUGAGGCCAUGGCAGCUUUGGAGGCUUCCCAUGGGUACAGCUGGGUGAAGUUGCAGCCAUCUCCAAAGCAAUUCCUGGUGAGCUGCCAGCCAGGGCCCUGGCUUCAGCAAAUCAUGGUGAUCCCUUUGAUGCUGGGGCAGCAAAGCACCCUGUGGUUUUCUUCAUCAGAUGUAAGAUAUGAAAUAUAUACACUAAACAUGCUGAAACCAUGGACAAAUGUUAACUGGGCUCUGGAUUUGUUAUGUUCAGAUGCUUAAAUAAAGCUGCAUUAAAAUUCAGCAGAUCUGUUUAUAAAACUGCUUUUAAGAAAGAUGUAAAUUAUGCCUCCCUUAGUCCAUUCAUUUUGACAAGUUUGAACAGGAAAUAAUCUCUUUAUCUGGAAGGCAAGGUACUGUAAAAACUCUUCUUACUUCUAACAGGGUCAGGGCUUUGAUAUUAUGUUAGAGUUGGGGCCACUGUUAAAAGGAUGGGGAAGGAUUGAUGUGGAUUCUUCUUGGAUUGUACUUGUUCUAUUUGCACAAGCAUUUUGGAUCAAUAAAGAGGACAGACAUUGCUAGGUGGGCUUAAUGCUGCUUAAGGAAAGCAGGAAUAGCCUGAGUCUUAUUUACAGUAGUACUGUUUUCCAGUCAGUUCCUUGUUGGUGGGUGUGAGGGUCUGGAUUUUGAAGGAAACUUAACUUUUCCUUACUCUGUGCCAAAAUAUUGUACUGGGGAGUAAUGGCUGCUGAAAAGAGGCUUGGAUUUUGUUUUGUAUUCAAGACCACAGGGUAGCUUGAUGGUUUACAACACAUGUUCUAGACUAGGCAGUGCUGAAAGGGUGAGGUACCUCAGGAUUUUCACCCUGCUUGCAGGAGCAGAGGUUUCUUCUGUAUGUCUGGAUCAUUGUAAAUGAGUACUUUGAUUUUUUGAUUCCAAGUGUGGUCUUGGUUACACAAACUGAACUUUACACAGCUAGGUUAAAAGUUCUCUUAAGUCUGCACCAGUGCUUCUAGAAGCUUCCAAGCCUCCUCAGCUGUCCUGUCUCUCAGUCCAUAGGACAAGUGGACAACAGGCUAUUCAGCUACAAGUCAGAGACUGUCUCUGACUUCUGAUUAAAUAACAAACCUAUACUCCUCCUGCUUGCUAAGUAGAGACUGCCCUAUGCCUGAGGUCUACAAAGCAAUUAUAAAACAGGCCAGUAUUGAUCAUGCAUGAAAACACUAGCUUUCUGCUGCUCUUACAAUAUUCUAAGCGGUUUUGGGGUUUUUUUUUUGUUUGUUUUUUUUUGUUGGUGGCUGCUGGGGCUUGAGAUUGCUUCCUGUUGGGCAAAAUUGGGAUGAGCAGUUUGAUAACUUCUACUAGAAACACAGGUGGCACAAAAAUACAUUGCCACUCUGGAAGACAGCAAUAUGCAUUAUUUACUUCUGAUCUGUGCUUCUUGGUCUUCCCUCAAAUAGAUACUGAUUCCAGAGUAUCAGUCUCCUAUGAUGAGCUGGAAGAAGCUUUAAGACUUCAAGGACAGGGUCUAAAGAAAGCAUCAGGUCCUGAAUGUUUACUGCUCAGUAUUCCUGCAAAUCUCAUCCCACAGCAGAGUGAGUCAUCCCUUUCCUGUCCUUGUCUGGAUUGCUCAGUCUUUGAAAUCUGAGCUUCCAUCAUAAAUCCUUCCUUAUUUGCAAGUAUUCAAUCAGUUCAUAUUAUAUUUUUCCUUUUAGUUUCCAUCAAACUGAAGGUUGAGUAUUUUAUUUCUGACUGAUCUUUUAAGUUCAGAAAAACUGUUCAGUUUAAGCAGACAAUCAACAGUCAGGUCAGUGUCUUGUUCUCCUGUCAAGUUUUUCAAAGCACUCGAGUAGUAGCAAACCAGAUUAUUUAUUAGCUGCUAAACCAUACAACAACUUGAAUUAAAACCAUUUCCUUAACAGCACUUCUGAGCUGAACAAGCUCUUGGAGCCCCUGUAGAUAAGAAUCAUGCUCAUCCCAUGUUAGGAUUGAAGGUUAGUAAAGUGUGAUCAUACCUUUCUUAAUAAAUAACCCAAAAAUGUAAUUAAUUUCAACCAAUUAUUUUGAACCAGCUGAAAAGCAAGGAAUACCAAACCUAUUAAAUGUGUUAAAUCUUGCUGUAUCUCUGAAACUAUGCACUGGAAUGUUAGCUGAAGUUGUUCUUUGUUUAAGAUUGUUAUCUGGUUUUAUUAUUUGGUCCCCAGUUAAUUUGUCAGCUGGAAUUAAUUCACUUUACCAGUCUGAAUGGUUAAAUGGCUGUUACAGGUAUCUUUCAUGAUGUGGUGUUUUUAGGUAUUAAUUGUCACUUCCUGAUAAUAUCCUACCUCAUUUUUUAUUUUAUUACUGUUUAUACACUCCACUUAGCUCACUUCAUUUUAAUUAAAGUUCUUGAUGUUCAUUACCAUAAAUAGUAUUAAGUGGCUUUCUGUUGCUGAACCACACUGAGGUCCUCUUUGUGUUUUUGGUUUGUUUGGGUUUUUUUCCUCUAACAAAUGAUUCUAGGAAUUCUGAGAACAAUGACAUAUCCUUUGCAGAGGAUGAGGUAUAUGGAAAAACUUCAAAUAUUGAUUCAACAGCUGUGACAUAGUUUCCUUUCCAGAGCAGAAAAAAGGUUAAGAAAUGGAAUUGAAUGGUUUGAGUUCUUUGGAUAUUUUUUUUUGUCCCCCUUUAGGGGGUGGGGGUGUAGCUUUUUUUUCCUCAUUCAUAGCCUUGCCUUCUCUAGAGGUGCAUUAAUGUAACUUCUCCACUGAGGGACUUGCUUCUUCAAGUGUGUUUGUAAUAGUCUGCCUCAAGCCUGUUGUUCCUUCAGAUUCUUUCAACCAUGGAGAGAUUUCUUAGUUUUUGUCAUGACUUCUUACUGACAAAACCAAUAUUGUCACACCAUAAACAGUGGAGUCAUCUACUCUGAAAUGUUACCUAAGGUAAGGCUGUGAAUGCUAACUAGUAAAACUUGAUUAAAUUUAAUUAUUUUUUUUCUUGCUGCAUUUUAAAAGGAAAAUUUUUCCCCACUGCUUGGCCACACAGUGGAUCCUGUAAUUUUACUAAGCAUGUGCCAAAACAGAGGGAGUUUUCUGUCCUACCUGCAUUUUAACAGUAUGCAGAACUGGAACUGGACAAGAGUAUUGUUUGACUUGGACCUUCCUCCCUCCAGCUGCAGUGGCAGGUUAACAUUCAACUUCUUUGGCACUAUGAAACCUGCCAGAAAUCUCAUCUCUCAAAUUGUUUUAUAGAAGCUGUACUUGAAUUGCUGGACCCCAAUAACCAAGGUGAACUUUGUGAAUUCUUUUGGAUUUCUGGCAUUGCUGUUCCUCCUCCUUGAUCUCCUUUAAAGGAAGUUUAUGGAACAAUGAGGAAAAUUUUUUCUGGAGGAGACUGAGUGAGAAGUGGGCUAAUUAGCCUGAGUAAUCUUUUACAGCUGAGAAACAUGUCCAUUUAAGUAAGACACUACUUGUGGCUUAAUCAUUGUUCACUCCCAUUUUGUAAAUGCAUGAGCAGGGUUUGGAAUCUGAGACCUGCAACUCGAUGUAACAUUUCAGAACCUUGACAUUCACUUUGUAUGGGGGAUUGUUUGGGCAGUUGAUCAACAGCACCUCCACCUUACACACUGAAGGCUGCUAUUGUUUUCUCUGAAAGACUUGUAAGACUGGACACUUUAACAGAAUAAAAGUUCUAAUUUUUAAUUUGCA